AUGGCUACCGCAGCUUCAGCAGCACUGUUUUCUUUAGAGGGACAAACCGCUCUCGUUACUGGUGGUACUCGAGGCAUUGGACAAGCUGUUUGUAUAGCACUUGCUGAGGCAGGAGCAGAUUUGAUCUUGAUACAGCGUAAUCGUGAUAAUCUCGAGACCCAAAAAGCUAUCGAAGCUCUUGGCAAGAAAGCUACCAUAUACACCGCGGAUCUUGCAUCGAAGGAAGAAGUCGCCGGCAUCACAUCUGCCGUCUUAAAAGAUGGACACAUCAUACAGAUUCUCAUAAACUGUGCCGGAAUUCAACGGCGUCAUCCGAGCCACGAGUUCCCGGAUGAUGAUUGGAACGAAGUGAUCCAAGUUAACCUCAACACCGUCUUCUCACUCUGUCGCGAUGUUGGUGCCCAUAUGUUAAAGCUCGAACCAUCCGCUUCCACCGGUCGUCGAGGCAGCAUCAUCAACUUUGCUAGUCUUCUUACCUUUCAAGGUGGUCUCACAGUUCCUGCAUAUUCAGCAUCGAAAGGUGCUGUGGCACAACUUACCAAAGCCUUAUCGAACGAAUGGACAUCGAAAGGGAUUAACGUUAAUGCGAUCGCUCCAGGCUAUAUUGAGACGGAGAUGAAUACUGCGUUAUUGGCCAAUCCAGAAAGAUUGAGGAGUAUCAGUGAAAGAAUUCCGGCGGGUCGUUGGGGUGUUCCAGAAGAUUUCAAAGCGAGCGUCGUAUUCUUGGCAAGCAAGGGAAGCGCAUAUAUCUCGGGACACAUUCUGACGAUAGAUGGUGGCUGGAUGGGCAGAUAA